CAUCAUAUUGAUUUCUUCACUCCCCUGCUUUUCAUAUCGCUUCUUUCAAUACCUAUAUAUCGAUCCGCUUUCCUUUAUAUCAGAUCCGUUUAGGUUAAGAUUCUCAAGACUCUCAACUUAUUUUCCAUUUCAACUACUGUCAACACCAGAAGUAUGAUCAAGCUCUUUAAAGUGAAGGAAAAACAAAGGGCUGAAAAUGCUAAGGGACCAACAAAUGUUAAGAAGCAAAGUCCAGGAGAAUUACGUCUCCACAAAGAUAUUGGUGAAUUGAACUUACCUAAAGGUUGUAAUAUAGAGUUUCCUAAUGGUAAAGAUGAACUAAUGAAUUUCGAAGUUACGAUACGCCCUGAUGAAGGAUACUAUCUAGGUGGAACAUUUUUAUUCACUUUUCAAGUAUCUCCAGUAUAUCCUCAUGAGCCUCCAAAGGUCAAAUGCAAAGCCAAGGUUUAUCAUCCCAAUAUUGAUUUGGAGGGAAAUGUGUGCCUCAAUAUUCUGAGGGAAGACUGGAAACCUGUUCUGAAUAUAAAUACAGUUAUCUAUGGACUCUACCAUCUUUUCACGCAACCUAACUAUGAAGACCCUCUCAACCAUGAAGCAGCCGAUGUAUUGAGAGACAACCCUAGGUUAUUUGAAUCGAAUGUCAAAAGGGCAAUGGCUGGUGGUUAUGUAGGUUCGGUUGUCUUCACCCGGUGCGUUUAGUCGACUUAUUAUUUCACAAUUCUCUUUAUUUCAACUAUUCCGCAACACGGUUGCAACUCUCUAUCUCUCUUUGUUGUGUGGGGGUGUAAUCCUAAACACCCAAUUGUUCCAUCUUUCUUUAUUGGUACCAUUGUGUUAAAAAUUCUGUUAUGUAAAAAUGUCGCAGACUUUGCUC